GGAAGAAAAGCCGAUUUUUCAGUAUAUAUGCCUAUUAGAGGUAAUAAAUUUUAUUUGCUUGUCUCGGAAAUAAAGUCCGCCGAUUUUAUGUUAUCAAAUAAAAACAAAAUCUCUUUGGAAGACUGUGAUUUUGUGAAAUUAGGCAAUGAAAUGAAGGAUAUAUUGGAUAAAUGUAUUAAUAAUGGAGUUGAUAAUAAAAAUUUGAUUAUUUGUGGUUUAUUAGUAGAAGGCAAGCUUUCAAUGUCAGCUAUUUGUUAUGGAUUUAAAAUACGAAGCAAUAUACCGGAUGAUCCUUUUGGGAAAAUUUUAUCUUCCUCGGAAUAA